UACAGGUUUUUACUUUGUUUUCUGAUCGAAGUAUUUCGGUGAAUGUUUUGUAUAGGCGGCAGGUUAAUAUGAUACCUUGUGAUACCUAUGUUUUGUAUUGCGUUAACUUAUUGGAGGAUACGGUCUACAUUGUGCGCCAAAAGCGAUUUUAACGGCUUGUAAGUGCAGUGGAACAGAAAGUUUGUUUGGAAAUUUCUCACAGAAAUGGGAAGAUCUCGGGAAUCAACACCUUUCCUUCCGAUUCGAGAAGAACUGGAGUUCGAAAGUGAAGGACAACACAGCAUUCGAGGCAGUUCUAAAUCGUGUUUAUUGAAGCAAAGAACAAAAAAGAGAAUUGCAUUUGUAUUAACUGCCGCUGCAUUUGUUGCUAUUCUGUCAGGCCUUCUGUAUUAUUAUUUCUCUCGAAAAGUCAAGGAAUACCAACAAAUCGUGCUAGAGGAGACCCAACAUAUUACAGUGACAAUCAAAGCGGGUGUCAUCCGCGGUAAGUUUGAGGGUGAUGCGGUUGUGUUUAAAGGAAUUCCUUAUGCAAAAUCGCCCGUUGGAAAUUUACGCUGGAGAGCUCCGGUCUCGUGUGACGAUGAUAUAAACAAAUGCUGGAAUGGAACUCUGGAUGCUAGUGAAUUUGGAAGUUGGUGUGCACAGCAAGAUGUGUUGCACACUCCAGAUCCAACAAAAGUCAUAGGCAGUGAGGAUUGCUUGUUUUUAAAUGUAUGGACACCAAAGCACAGAUCAACUGAAAAACUUCUCCCUGUUUUAGUUUACAUUCAUGGUGGAUUUUUGAUGUAUUCUUCUGGGGAUUGGAAUGGACUUCACCCUUCACCGGAAAUGGUUUCAAAAAUGAAGAUUGUUGGAGUUUCUUUCAAUUACAGAUUAAAUGUGUUUGGUUUUCUUGCUUUAAACUCCUUAGCAGAGGCAUCAUCAAGCAAGAGUUCAGGGAACUAUGGCUUCAUGGACCAGGUAUUAGCCUUAAAAUGGGUGAAAGCUAACAUCCAUAAAUUUGGUGGUGAUCCAAAAUCUGUUACUCUGAUUGGACAAAGCUCUGGUGGUACAUCUGAACUGGCUUUGCUUGCCUCCCCUGGUGCAGCUGGGCUAUUCCAUCGAGCAAUUAUCAUGAGUGCCUCAGCUGUUUAUAACAAAUCAUGGGAAGAUGCUGCAGAUGACAACAAAAUUUUCAUCAAAAAUUGUGAUUGUGUGAGAAACAGCUCAGCAGCUGAAAGAGACUGUUUGUACCAGCUAACUACUGAGAAGCUGGAAGCUGCCAUCCCAUGGGAUGUAUACCCAUACUGGCGCAUGGCUGAUUUUAUGGAUCUGCCACAGAAAAAUGUGUUCUGUGGGGCAGUUGCCGUUGUUGACAAUGUUGUAGUUCCCAAGCCUCCUCUUCUUGCCAUGGUAGAAGGGGAAGCAAAUGAUGUCCCUUUAAUUAUUGGGACAACAGCACAAGAGGUAAAUAUUAAACCAGUGAAGGAUUUUUCCAAUUCUACUUGGGAAGACUACAGUGUUUAUAUGAAGCAAAAAUUGGCUCCUUUUAUUGGAAAGAAUGUCAGCUUGGUACUUGCCAUGUAUAACAAAAGUGAGCCCAGUGAGGGAACUCUGUCUCCUCAGUUUACUUAUUCGUCCCUGGCCUCUGAUAUACGAGUUUCUUGCCCAAAUGAUGUGUUGGCCUUGAAUGCAUCUCAAGGUUUCAAGAGCCCAGUUUACAGAUAUGUGGUUACAAAUGCUCCAUCAUUUCCGAUGAAUGUGGUUGGAUUUCCAGCAACAUUUGCAUUUCACAUGUGGGAUCUUAUCACACUGUUUGGUUUCCCUCCUGCAUUUCGUUACACUCCAUCACCCGGAGACCACAGCUUCAUGAGGGACCUUAGAAGAGAGUUUGGUAAAUUUAUUUACAAUGAAUUUACCUUUCAAGAUGCUUCUUGGAAAGAGUUCCCUGGAAGUACUGCUCUGUUCACAGACAGUGGUAUAAAGGUUCUUGAUAACCAUGGUUACCACAUGGAAGAGUGUGCAUUUUGGCUAAAUAAUGGUUUCUUUUCAUAUGGCUGGAUAAACUAGGUACAAUCUAUUACAUUUGAGUAGACUGAUUUGAACAUAAUGCAAACAGACACUUAACUUUUUAUUAGAUGCUCCAUCAAAUUUCAUGUCCUAUUUAUUAAUAGGCCAUUUACGAAUUACCUUUGGCCUCUUUUUGAAUGUGAGGCCUGGUGCUCAAUCAUUUGUAUGGAAAUGAGUUUAAUUUUCAUGGGAAUGAAAACUUAUUAUUAUAUGUAAGGUUGAGCACCAGGACUCGCUUUGAAAAAGAGGCAAAGGUAAUUCAGGAAAUGGCAUAUUUGACUUGCUCAUUCCCUACUUCUUGAUUGGCUUGGUAGUUCCUCCAGUACACAAUACAAUUUGUUAUGCAUAGAUUGCAAACUAGCUUUGGUUCUUACUUUUUUUAAACUCUUUAACUCUCAGGAUCCAAUGAGUAAUUAUCUCUUUAAAUUCUCUUACAUUUCCUAGACAGGAGCAUUUUUUGUUAUAGUUGCACGUCAAGAUAACACCAUUUCACUGACAACCUUGUAUGUUCUCAUAUCCUGUUUGCAAGAUAUCAUAUUGGAAUUAUAAGGAGAAGUUACAUGUAGAUAACUUUGGGAGUUUAAGGAUUCAGAAAGCUUUGCACUGUGUUAUGAGUGAUCUCUUCUAUUUAUUAGAUGUUAAUUAACAAAGAAAAAAUAUUUCUUCCCUGGGAAUUGAACACUGUCAAAGUUUUUUUGCAUUAAAAUAGUGUAUUGCAUUUUUUAAAGCAAGGAAACAUAGAGUCAUUAUCUCAGAUUAAUGGGUGAUAAUGAUUUAUCUGUAAAGAUAAGUUAUUUUGAUUUAUAAUAUAUUAUUGCUUUAUUUAUAUACUUUUUGCUGUUGUAUUAUGACACCCAGAAAAUUUAUGGAAGAUGAAAAAGAGUGAUUUUGCUUGACAGUUGACAAAUUUAAACUAAAAAAUUAGUUU